AUGUCUGCACCUGCUGGUGAAUCUCGUGGCGGUUUCGGUCGAGGCCGCGGUGACCGUCGAGGAUCUCGUCGAGGUCCCCGUCGUGGAGCCCGAAAGGAAGAGGACAACGAAUGGUGAGUGGGCCACGAGAGCGGGGACGUGUGGUAGACGCGUUAAAGCAGCCACUCAUAAUCUCUGCAACUGGUGUCCCCCGCAGGAUUCCCGUCACCAAGCUCGGUCGCCUCGUCAAGGACGGCAAGAUCAAGUCGAUCGAGGAAAUCUACCUCUUCUCUCUCCCCGUCAAGGAAUACCAAAUCAUUGACAUCCUCCUCCCCAAGCUCAAGGGUCAGUUUCACGCCCGUGCGAUUCACGGACCCGCAACAAAUCGCGUCUAGUACUGACUGACACCCCGCCCUCCGUGUACUCCAGACGAGGUCAUGCAAAUCAUGCCCGUCCAAAAGCAGACCCGUGCCGGUCAACGCACCCGCUUCAAGGCGUUCGUCGCCAUCGGUGACUUUGACGGCCACGUCGGACUCGGUGUCAAGUGCGCCAAGGAAGUCGCCACCGCCAUCCGAGGCGCCAUCAUCCUCGCCAAGCUCUCGGUCGUCCCCGUCCGACGUGGUUACUGGGGCAACAAGCUCGGUGAGCCCCACACCGUCCCCUGCAAGGUCAACGGCAAGAUGGGAUCCGUCUACGUCGACCUCGUCCCCGCACCCCGAGGAACCGGUAUCGUCGCCGCCCCCGCCUCGAAGCGAAUGCUCCAGCUCGCCGGUGUCGAAGAUUGCUACACCGCGUCGCGUGGUAACACCUCGACCCUCGGUAACUUCAUCAAGGCCACCUUCGCCGCAAUCUCGCAGACCUACGGUUUCCUCACCCCCGACCUGUGGGAGAAGAUUCCCUUCUCCCAGACCCCCUUCGAUGAGUUCUCGUCGCACUUGGCCCUCUCGUCCAAGAAGAACUUCUAA